AUGAAUGAAAAUAUAAGCAAAGUAAAUAGCACCGUGGUAGAGCUACUGGGCAUGUCUGAUUUGUUCAAGAGAAUGCAAAACGCCUGUUGGAGCAAAUGUAUACCCGAUGUAAACGAUUCGUUACUUUCGGUAGGCGAAACCAGUUGUGUUGACAGGUGUGUCCAUAAGUAUAUGGAAAUACAUACACUGGUGGGGAAGAAUCUGCAGGAAUCUCAGCUUCCCAAGUGA